ACUGUCAAAAUCAAUUUGUUUUGUCAUUUCAUUGAUUCUGUGUUAGCUUAUUUUCAGGCAACUCAUUGUUUAAAUUUCUGAAAUACUUAUUUCUUUUUGAAUGAAAGCAUUGUAAAUACAUUCUUAAUAAAGUUUAUAGAAUUCUACUCUAUAAAAUACUUACUACAAGAAUUAUAAGACAAGUCAUCAGAAAUGGAUCGUUUACUACGUCUUGGAGGUGGUAUGGCUGGGUUGUCCCAAGCACCACCUCCGACAGACGCUCCCGUCGUUGAUACAGCAGAACAAGUUUACAUCUCAUCCUUGGCUCUCCUAAAGAUGUUAAAACAUGGCCGCGCAGGUGUUCCCAUGGAAGUUAUGGGUCUCAUGUUGGGUGAGUUUGUGGAUGACUACACAGUUCGUGUAAUUGACGUAUUUGCAAUGCCUCAAACUGGUACAGGUGUGUCUGUUGAGGCAGUAGACCCUGUCUUCCAAGCUAAGAUGUUGGACAUGUUGAGACAGACUGGACGUCCUGAGAUGGUUGUUGGAUGGUACCAUUCGCAUCCUGGGUUCGGCUGCUGGUUAUCUGGUGUCGAUAUUAACACGCAACAAUCCUUUGAAGCAUUAUCUGAAAGAGCUGUAGCGGUGGUGGUGGAUCCCAUACAAUCUGUUAAGGGAAAAGUGGUGAUUGAUGCAUUCCGUCUUAUUAAUCCAAACAUGAUGGUCCUUGGUCAGGAGCCAAGACAAACUACUUCUAAUCUCGGACACCUACAGAAGCCUUCUGUUCAGGCUCUUAUCCAUGGUCUUAAUAGACACUAUUAUUCCAUUAGCAUUAACUACAGAAAGAACGAGUUAGAGCAAAAAAUGUUGCUUAACCUUCACAAGAAGUCAUGGAUGGACGGUCUCACACUAUCAGAUUAUAAGGAACACUGUAAGAUCAAUGAGACUACAGUCACAGACAUGUUAGAGCUAGCCAAGAACUAUAACAAAGCACUAGAAGAUGAAGAAAAGAUGACUCCAGAACAGUUAGCCAUUAAGAAUGUCGGUAAGCAAGACCCUAAGAGGCAUUUAGAGGAAAAGGUCGACAUUUUGAUGGCGAACAACAUUGUUCAAUGUUUAGGAGCCAUGUUUGAUACGAUGGUGUUUAAAUGAUUAUUGAAUAAGAAACUUUGUAUGUAUGAUCUUAAGGUAAAUAUUGUUAUGGCUUACACAGCGGAACUGCAUCAGUUUUUAUUAUAAAUUUACUUACCACCUUAUGUAUUACUUUUAUUACAAUAAGAACCAUUAAUAAAACAAUGUCAAUUUUGUAUAAA